GUUUGCUCAAAACCGGAAAUGUGACAUCACACAAUGGCGACCUCCAUGUGGCUGUAAAUUCAACGUGAUUUUGCUCAUGUUUUCUAGUCUGUAACGUAAAGGAAAAUCAUUCAAAAAUCAGUUUAUUGGUGGAAACCACAAUACGGUCCUCAGACUGAACCUGCUUUAGCUGAGAACCAGUGUUCAUAUCUGACAUGGCUUCAUUUAAACCCACCAAAGUUCAGUUCCUUCCUAAACUAGGAGAGAAAGUAACAGAGGAUACGCUCUACUGGAAGAAUUACAAGUCUCCUGUGCAAAUUAAAGAGUUUGGUGCUGUAACAAAGAUCGACUUCUCUCCUCUCCCACCUCACAAUUAUGCCGUCACAGCCUCCACCAGAAUCCAUGUAUAUGGACCUCACUCUCAAGAACCCAUACGGAGCUUCACACGUUUUCGGGAUACAGCAUAUGGAGGGAGCUUCAGAGGCGACGGGAAGCUUUUAGUGGCGGGAAGUGAAGAGGGACUCAUCCGGCUGUUUGACAUCAGCGGUCGAGUGGCUCUCAGACAGUUCGCAGGACACUCCAAGGCGGUACAUGUGACCUCGUUCCUGUCUGACGGCUUUCGUGUGGUGUCGGGGUCUGAUGACCUGUCGUGCCGUGUGUGGGACGUUCCCAGCGCUGUUGAGCUCAGCUCGUUAACUGAACACACAGACUACAUCAGAGCUCUCGCCCCCAGCAAACUCAACCCAGAUCUGUUUGUCACAGGUUCGUAUGAUCACACGGUGAAAUUGUUUGACAUGCGGUCAGGGAGCAGUGUGAUGACUAUGCAACACGGCCAUCCUGUGGAGUGUGUGCUGUUGUACCCGUCAGAAGCCCUGCUGGUGUCCACAGGAGGGCGCUAUGUAAAAGUUUGGGACCUGUUGAAAGGUGGACAGGAGCUUGUUUCUCUUAAGAAUCAUCACAAAACAGUUACGUGUGCAUGUCUGAGUUCUGUAGGCAACAAACUGCUCACAGGAUCACUGGACAGGCACGUCAAAGUGUAUAACUCCUCUUACAAGGUUGUACAUAAUUUCGACUGUGAUGCGUCCAUUCUCAGUAUGGCUAUUGCGCCUGAUGAUGAAGCGCUUGCCGUGGGGAUGACCAAUGGUGUGUUGAGUGUCAGGCACAGGAGACACCAAAAAGACAAAGAGACAUUAACUAGUCGAAGGCGACGGGGCCCGUCAUACCGGGUCUUUGUCAAGGGGAAGAACUUUGUGCCCAGACAGGAUGAUUUCUUGGUCAGUAAACCAGUAAAGCAACAUCUACGGAAAUAUGACAGACAGCUCAAAAGCUUUGAGGUGUCUAAAGCGCUGGACACAGCUCUGCAGACAUGGACACACACCAGUAAACCAGAUGUGACCGUAGCGGUUAUCAUAGAGCUCAACCGCAGAGGAACUCUGAAAAAUGCUCUCGCAGGACGAAAUGAAGUGAGCUUAACCAAGAUCCUCAACUUCCUUCUCAAGUACAUCUUUGACCCACGCUUCUCUCAGCAUCUGCUCAUGGUCGGGGAUAUUGUGCUUGAUCUGUAUCAGCAGGUUUUUCACGAGUCACCUGUAGUCGAGCGGCUGCUGCAGCGUCUUAUGGAGGUGUUGGGUCGGGAAGCAGAACUUCAGCAGGAGCUUCUGCAGGUCUUAGGAAUCCUGGACACACUUUUCGCAUCACUGACCCCCAGAAAAGAGGUCGCGGCCCUUGCUGUCCCACCAGUAGCGCAGGAGUCACAGCUGCAAGCCGCCUGACAUUACAAAACGCUCUAGUGACGCAAACGAAACAUGCUGGACUUUGGCAGAGGCGUGGUGAAAAAUGAAAGGGAAAACGGAAGGAAACAAACACGAGAGACAGCUGUGGGAAAGAUGUUGCCCAAUGCUGCUGAAAAAUCACUGUGUCAGUGUGUCAUCCGUUUCUGCUGAUGUUUGCAGAAUUUGAAACUGCAUUUUGUAUAUUCUUAUCAUAAAAUAUUCAAAUCUAUGUGUUUUGGUUUGUUCUUUCUUUCAGUAAUAAUCAAAUGCCCUAUACAUAUACAAUUGCUGCUUUUUGUCUUUCUUGACCAGUAUCACUUUAUAAUAUAUCAGUAAUUGUAUGUGUGCAUACCUGUCUUUUGAGAAUGGAGUUUUGGCAAAAGGCUGAUGAGACAAUCAUUCAGUGGCUGACAGAAGUUAGCACAAUAUGACUUGUAUAUUGUAACUUAAAAUCUAUUACAGCAAAUAAUCAAGAACCAGAUGUAACCACAUGGAUUAAAUAAUAAUAAUUUGACGACCAGUCACUGACAAAUCCAUAUCUCUCAAGCACUAAUCUGACUAUUGCUGACCUUGAGUGUAACCAUAGUUUUAUGGCUGUAUAUCAAAUGUUUUGUGGAAUAUAAUUCUCUAUACUUUUUAAAGAAUAAAAGAACAAUUCAGUAUCCUGAUGAAAUUUUUAUAGCAAGAAUUGGUCAUUUUGGUGUAGUGUGGCAUGGAAAAGAUUAAAAUGGUACUACUAGUAAAACUACUAGUAAUAAUUUACUGCCAAUGAUUUGACUUGUGAUGUGAUGCUUGAGGGCCAGUUAAAAAAUGUCUAGCCUUUUUUAAUUUUUAUUAUUAUUUUUUAUUUAAUGCUGUUUUAUAUUUAUAAAAUAUUUUUAGGGCCCUUUUUAUUUUCACAUUUUUAUCAGGAGUAAAAUAUGAUGUUAAAGCAAGACAAAAUAAAAAAAUUGAAAUUU